AUGUCUUUUCCGCAGACUAAGAAAGAUAUCAGCGAUCGUCCCGCUGCCUGCUCCGUAGUCGAGCCUGUCGACAAGCAGGCACAGGCUGCUGACGUCGACCGCAAAUUCCGUUUCUAUGACUUCGUCACUGCUUUGCGCCAGUCUCGCAUGCCUACUAACCCGCAGAUCGAGAACCUCCUGUCCUAUUCGCUCGAGCACUCGCCCGUCCCCAUCGACCAGCUCUCACCCGCCGGCCAGACACUCAUUCGCGACGCCCGCGAGGUCAUCAACACCCUCCGCCAGAUUAUUGAGGAGAAGAACGCGGACGAGGUGCUCCAGAACUUCGUCUGGCACACUCGCGACGUGGACGCCGAUCGCGCGAAGAAAGACCCCAACGAGGUGCUUCCCGUCGGGCAGGACAAGGCGCGCUCCGACGCUCAGCAGGCAACCCAACACCUGCGCACUCUCCUUUCUCUCGUCCUCACUAAUUCCGAGGUCCGCAAGUUGAUCUCUGACUUCGCUGUCAUUGGCCGCAACUUGCUCGCCCGUGGCGCCGUCAAGAUUGCAGAGCAAACUCGUCCCGACCAGGAGCGUCUGCGCCAGGUUGACGAGCCUGGUCUCGACAACCGUUUCUUCUCUGAGGGCGAGCACGAGGUCGGCCUUAAUGAGACACCGAUCCCCGGAGCUCGCAUCCCGGGAACCGAUAUUCGCAUCUCGCAACAUCCUGGUGAAGAAGUUGGCCAAGGUGCGAAGAUCCAGCGUGAUGAGACGGGCAAGGCCAUGAGUGGCGCUGAAGCCAUGGGUCAGGCUUCUCAGAGAAAGGAAGAAAUAACGGAGCGGACAAUGAGCGAAGCCCAGAGUCACGAAGAAUAUAUUCAGCGGGAUGUAGUUGAUGUUCCUGAAAACUCAGAGGAGACUGCAUCUCAAAGCAAGAAGGAGAGUUUGCAGGGCAAGAUGACGGGCAUGAAGGACUCCAUUACUGGCCGUGUACCUCAGGAGCACAAAGACCGCGCGAACGAGCAUGUAACUCGUGUGAAGAAUUUCCUCUCAGAUGAAUACUUCCCUAAAGAACGUCGUGAGCAGCUCAUUUUCCGCGGUAAGAAGGUCAUCGUCGAGUGCCAGAGCCAUGAAGACUACCAGGGGUCCAUCCGUUGGCUGCUCGACACCCUUGAGGAGUACUCGACGCAUGGACGCACUAUCGCGGGGCACGGCAAGGACUCGUACCAGCAGCUGACUUCCGACCCGUCCCUGCAGCAGUCUACUCGCGAAUUGCGUACUCUGCUCGAGCGUUUUGCCAACGGCAUGAGCCUCGACGUGAUUGGCGACGCGAUGCAUGUCCUGUACGAGGAGGCGCAGCGAGAUGAACAGCUCCGCCACUGGUUCCAUGACCUCGAUGCGUACAUCCGUGAGGUCCUGUUGCAGCCCGGGUAUGUGCUCGACGAGCAGUGCAACGAGCAGGCGAGCGAGCUCCAGGAAAAUGGCCGCCGCUUCUACGACGAGAGGUAUAAGGGGCACUUCGACAACCUUUUUAAUGCCUUGACGGAUUGGUUUGGUGCAAUCGCUCAGGACCCGCUUAACAAGCGUUUUGGCAAUGAUUGCGCCCGCUUGAGCAAGGAUCUUCUGUUCGACAUUGAGGGCAGUAUCAAGUACAAGCCCGAGCUCUGGAGCGACAUCAAGCAGGUCAUUUUCCCAAGCCUCAUCGCAAACAUUGGGUAUCUCCCCAUUCCGCGCAUCGAAUACACGGACGAUACGCUCGACCUCGUUCUGGAGAACCUCGCUCUUUCCGGACGCAACCUGCUCCCCAAUGUGGUCAGCUUGGAAACACGUAACUUCCUGAAGUUCAGCCCGUACAACACCCUCAGGGACGAAAGUCACCAUGAGCUUACGCUCACCCUCGCGCAGAUCCAAGCAGAUAUGCGUGAUAUCGCCUUCUACUAUCGCAAGAAGACCGGCAUGCCGAAGGUGACCGACUCCGGCCUCGCCGACGUCCUCCUCGGCGGCAGUGGCCUUACGGUAACCGCGCACAUCAUAUCUUCUGACCUCGACCGCUCGUCCGUGUUUAAGAUCAAGAACGUGCAGGUGCACAUGGACACACUAAAGUUCUCCAUCCGCGACUCGAAGCACGACACGCUGUACAAGGCCCUCCACCCGCUCGUGCAGGGUCUUGUCAAGAAGCAGCUGCAAAAAGUCAUUGGCGGUGCGGUGCAGACUGCGCUGGAAUAUCUCGACGGAGAGCUUGUCACUGUGCGCGACCAGAUGGCUGAGACAAUGGCUGAGACAACGGCGAGCGAGGAGCGUAGCCGGACUCAAGUGUUGCAGGAGCAACUAUUCGCAAAGAAGGACAAGACAGAGGAGAAGGCAGACACUAAGGGCAGCCAGUUUAAAGUCGUUACUCAGCGCGGCGACGAGCUCCUCCCGCAAGUGGGCCGUCCCGAGGGUUGGGUCAACCGUGCGCUGGAACAAACCCAGUCUGCCUCGAAGGGCGAAGAGUGGAGAAGCGAAGCCUUUAAUAUGUUGUAA